AUGUCGGACGAACAAAUCUCGCUACCCUUCUUCGCCAUUGUCCUGAUUGUGUCGGGGCUGAUAGUGCGGUAUCUUUUCUUUUCGGGGCCGAACCCAGAACGGCCGCCGGUGCGGACCGCAGAGCAGAUGCUCAGAUCAAGAGAGGUGGCAGUACAGAGGAUACAGCAAAUGUUUCCGCAGGUUGAGAGACGGAGCAUCUUGUGGGACCUGCAACGCAACGGCGGGAAUAUCCAGAGCACCACAGAGCGGAUUCUGGCAGGUCGCUUAGAAACGCCUCCUGUGACGUUCCAACCUCCACCGCUGCGAACCCAAUCGCCUCCGACUGGAAGCUCUGGCCCAGCGGCGAAGCAACCCGAGAAGCCGAGCCAGCCCGAUCUAAUUACACGCUACAACCUGAGGGAUAAGGUUGCAGUCUCAGCGGCCGCAGGAGAAGAGGAAGAAGCGCAGAAAGAUGGCAAAGCAUGGAGUUCCAACCGCGAAGAGCGACAGUCUGCGCUGCAGCGAAGAAGAGAUGAGAUGAUUCUGGCGGCGAGACGCAAGAUGGAGGCCAAAAUUGCGGCAGAGAAGGCUGCUCAAGGGUCUUCUUGA